UGUUCGAACCGUCUUCGAAAUGUCUUAUCGCUGAUUCCUCGGAUGCAACCACCCAGGACUAGCUAGCAGCAAUGGCAUUGUCAAUAGAUGAGCAAUGCUUGCAAGGAGCGAAAGCCGAGAUUAUGAUCCCUGGGAAAGGACCCGUGGUUGCGGAUGGAACAGUGAUCUGGAAGAACAACACAAUCGUCUAUGCUGGCCCUCAAGAGUCUCUCCCUGAACAAUAUGCGAAUGUUAGCUGCAGUAAGCACAAAAUAUUGAUGCCAGGGAUGUGGGACUGUCACAUUCACUUUCUGGGAGCCACAUCGGCAAUGAUGCACACUUUCACGACAACAUCCCAGUCAUUGGCCGGAGCAAGAAGUGUUGGCGACCUAUAUUCCACAGUGAUGGCAGGGUUCACCUCGGUACGAGAGGUUGGUGGUUAUGGGUGUGAGUUGACCAAAGCCGUCCAAGAGGGCCGGGUGGUUGGGCCGAACAUCUACAGCUCUCACAGUGCGAUCAGCAUGACCGCUGGCCACGGAGAUAUUCACAGCAUGCAUCUGGAUGGGCUCAAAGAUUUGUGUGCCCACGGACUGCCUUUUACUAUCGCGGACGGGGUGGAUGAGUGCAGAAAGGCGGUCCGUCUACAACUACGAAGAGGUGCUCGAGUCAUCAAAGUCUGCGCCAGUGGCGGCGUGGUCAGCGACAUCGACAACCCCCACCACCAGGAGUAUUCGCUGGAAGAGCUGAAGGCGAUUGUCGAAGAAGCCAGACGGGCCGACAGGGUUGUGGCAGCCCACUGUCAUGGAAAAGCCGGGAUCAUGGCUGCUCUGGAGGCCGGGUGUGCUACAAUCGAGCAUGGCAGCUAUCUGGAUGAAGAAGCCAUCGACAUAAUGAUCGAGAAGGGCGUGUUACUUGUGGCAACUCGCACUAUUCUCGAGGGUGGAUUGGCCGCGCCUCAGUUUUUCACUCCGGGUUCGUACCAGAAAAUGCUACAGGUUGCAGAUGCGCAUGCAAAUGCGUACGCGCUGGCGAUCAAGAAAGGCGUCACGAUUGCAUUGGGUACUGACUUGUUUACCAAUGAUGACAAAGGUCUCCUUGCAUUCGGAAAGAAUGGUCAGGAGUUGGGAUAUGCGGUCAAGGCUGGUCUGAGCCCUCUAGAAGCCAUUCAAGCAGCCACCGCGAAUGGACCUCUUACCAUCGGGCCUCAAGCGCCCCUGUCAGGACAAAUCAAGGAAGGCUAUGACGCUGAUAUCAUUGCUGUAACUGAGAAUCCGCUGGAGGAUGUGGCGGUUUUGGCAAGUGCCCAAAAUAUUUCACAUAUCUGGAAGCAGGGCAUAUUGAUCAAAUCGCCUUGA